UAUUUGCAGGAGCACUUGUUAAUUGUAUGUGAAUUGCUGAAAGCAAACCUAUAUGAGUUCCAUAAGUUUAAUAGAGAAUCUGGAGGAGAGGUCUACUUUACAAUGCCAAGACUGCAGUCGAUUACCAUUCAGUGUUUGGAAGCACUUCAAUUCUUACAUGGUCUUGGCCUCAUACAUUGUGAUUUGAAGCCUGAGAAUAUUUUGGUGAAAAGUUAUAGUAGAUGUGAAGUGAAGGUCAUUGAUCUGGGGAGUAGUUGUUUUGAAACAGAUCAUCUUUGUUCGUAUGUUCAAUCAAGGUCCUAUCGUGCGCCAGAGGUUAUUCUGGGACUUCCAUAUGAUAAAAAGAUCGAUAUCUGGUCACUUGGCUGCAUCUUGGCAGAACUAUGUACUGGCAAUGUACUCUUCCAAAAUGAUUCUUCCGCGACUUUACUUGCUCGAGUUAUUGGAAUCAUAGGCCCGAUUGACCAAGAGAUGCUUGUUAGAGGACGAGAUACAUACAAAUAUUUCACCAAAAAUCACAUGCUUUAUGAACGGAACCAGGAAACCAACAGACUGGAGUACUUGAUACCGAAAAAGUCAUCCUUGAGGCAUCGGUUGCCAAUGGGAGACCAGGGCUUCAUUGACUUUGUUGUUCAUCUACUCGAGAUAAACCCCAAGAAGCGCCCUUCUGCUUCAGAGGCUUUGAAACAUCCUUGGCUUCAAUACCCUUAUGAGCCAAUAUCAUCUUGAGGAAUUCAAGAUUCAUGAGUCGAGUGUUCUCCACUAGAGUACUCGUAUAGGUUUUUCAACAAGAGGGUGGAAAAGAUGCUGGCGACGUUUAAUUGUAAGUUUCUAUUCGUCUGCAAUUGAUCUUCUGUGAACGCCUAUUCCUUCAAUUGGAAUGUGUGUUAUGGUUUUGACGGUGAAAUACAUCUUCCAUAUAACUGCAUUGUAUUCUCAUCUAUUCUGAACUGAAAUUUAAUAGCCUAUACGGAAUGACUAGGGUUUUUCAUCUUUCCUUGUGUCUUGUUUGGUGGAAGGGGAAGUGUUCACUCUUGUUUGUACAUAAUUUGUGAUCAUUCUUUGAGGUUAUUGUGUAAUAGCUGCUUACCGUUACCCAUUUUGAUUAAUUUUUACUCAUUUUUGUGGGUUGUAUCAUUGUGAAACAAGCAAGCCAGGUAACAUGUUUGGCUUGGCUAACCUUUUUUGCUGUAUUGAAUCGUCUUUAACUUGUGAA